AUGCAUCUCAUCCUCACCGGCGCCACAGGUCUGGUAGGCUCUGCCUGCCUCCACCAGAUGCUUACCAACAACCUGGUCACCACGGUGUCGAUCCUCAGCCGUCGACCUGUCCCGAUGGCUGAAGGUCAUCCCAAGGUCAAAACCAUACUACAUACCGACUUCAACCAGUACCCAACUGAGGUCCUGAAUCAGCUCAAAGGUGCCACGGGCUGUGUCUGGGCCUUGGGCGUUAGCGUCAAUGAUGUGAGCAAGGAGUUUUACGAAGAGAUUGUGGUAUCAUACCCACUCGCUGCCGCUAAAGCGUUCGCCUCGCUGUCAGAGUCUUUCAAUUUCGUCUACGUCUCGGGCGAAGGCGCCACUACGACACCCGGACGUUUUACGCCCUUCUUUGGUAGAGUCAAAGGCCGCAUCGAAGCUCAAUUACAAGCACUUAGCACCGAGCCGGCAUAUGCGAGCUUGAAAGUCUAUUCCCUCCGUCCCGCUGGGGUGGAUCCAAAGUUCCAUGAGGAGAUUCACGGAUGGAUUCCGAAGCUGAAGCCAGCGGGUAAAGCUGUUGGGUACCCCAUCGUGUUCACAAUUUUGAGAACUGUCAAUCCUGGUUUCAUUAGUCCGACCAGAGAGCUCGGGAAAGUGCUGGUUGACUUGGCCAUGAACGACGGGAAGCCGCUGAGCGGCGCGGGGGUACUUGCGGAUGGUCGGACGAUAUCGAAUCUUGGUAUGAGGAGGUUAGCAGGUCUUUAA